AUGAAAAUGGUUUCCCCACGUGCUUUGAUCGGCGUUUCUUUUUGCAUCAGAAUUUUCAUUUUAAUACUAUCCAUUGUUGCAAUGGUACUCAUCUUAACAGCUCCUGGAGCUUGCUUCUCUCGCUACUUGAAUGGACAACCUAUCAGUCGUGAAAUCUGUCCCGGACAGAAUUCCAUAUUCCCUAUGAAUGCUGAUAGAUGGAAUAAUGCGUUGCAUUUCCAGGGCCGUGGUCAGAACAUAUACGGUCAAGUUGCCCUCAUAGUCAUCACACUGGUGUUUGCUCUUAUAUCAGUUGGAGCAAGUUGUAUACAUCUAGCUGCUGGGUAUAGCGUCAUCUAUGGGCAAUUGUUCGCAUCCGGAAUUGCUUUAGUUGCUUUCCUAGUUUGUGGAGGUGUUGAGACUUGGUAUGCUACUGGAUUUGAUCAUAUGGCAUUCUUCAUACAAGCUAUUGGAAAUGGAGUAUUUUCCGGAUGUGCUGGUCUUCCUGGAUGUCAAAUAGAAUUUGUUGUCAAAGGAUGGGCUGUAGCAGCGGCAUUUUUCUUCUUAUCAGGAUUACUAUAUCUCGUGGAUAUGCUAAUUAUAUUCAUGACACGUGAUAAAUUUGAUACUGAUGACACCUCAACUGUUGUUCUACGAAGUAAUCGGAGCAUUCGUCGAUCCAUGUAG